AAAACAGAACAUGUACAGAGAGAAAAAGGGGCUUGGCUUUGAUUGAUUCUUCUUUUCUCUCCUAUCCAUAAAAGGGUUUUCUUUGAUAAAAACAUCAGAGUCCGAAUUGUGUUCAAAGUGUUCAAGUUUUGUGCUGUCCACAAAUGAAAAAAGAGAAUGUUCAAAGCUAAAUAUAAUGGGAAGGUCCGACCAAAUCCCCCACCAAAAAGACUCCAAAGGCAUACCAGCAGCCCUCUACGACAAGCCGACACACAACGCACCCAGUCUUUUAUUCUCCUUAAAGAAACACUUCCAAAUGCUGCCUUCCACAUCUCUUCAGAUUUUGCUCCUAACCAUUUUCUUCCCUGGACGUACUUUCACCCAUUCACAUGGCCACAUGUCUCUACCUUGUUACACAUUGCAGUUCAGUUGCCUUUGUUUUCCAACUUUUAGUCAUACAGAAUCAAAUAGCCAGAAUGAAUGAAUUAAAAUAAUCAUCUUUAAGUCCUAGCUAUGUCCUAUAUAUAUGUGCAUAUGCAUAUGAGGUCUCAUUAAAGAGUGCUUGAAUCAAUCCCAUUGAGGUUCCUCUUCAUCUUCCAAUGAGUGAAGAUAGACAGAUUGAUCCAGCAAUCGUUCAUCCAUCCAUUGCUCUUCUGCAAGAAAGGUUUAGACAGUUGGGGAGAGCUAAGGAGAUAAGGGAGGAGAAAGAGCUCUUACGAAUGUUGCUUGAAUCAAGGCAGAUCAAUGCAGCUAUGCCUUACGCGCCAUGCAGAUCACUUUUCCACUCUAUACUCAUGCUUCAGUCAGAGCUGCCUCUUCAGUGUACACUCAAAAGAGAAGCCAGUCUGCAAAGCAGGAAUACCCAGGUUUAGGCCAUUCAGACUCCAAUAUUGGAGAAUUUAUGGUCCGGAGACACUGUCAUAUACACAACUGACCAUAAUGAUAUUUCAGAUGUUGAUGCUACAUCUGUGAACAAGUUUAACAAUGUUAGUCUAUUUAGUAAUCUUGUGGUUUCCUUCUGUUUCUUCUUUAUGGUGCAGUAAGAAUAUGGGAAAGGAAAAAAAAAGGAGCUAAAGAAAAAGAAAACAGAAUAAGCAAU